AUGGCCCCCGCAGCGACCGGAGGAAAGAAGCAGAAGAAGAAGUGGUCCAAGGGCAAGGUCAAGGACAAGGCCCAGCACGCCGUCCUGCUCGACAAGAGCACUUCUGACAAGCUCUACAAGGAUGUCCAGUCAUACCGCCUCGUGACCGUCGCUACCCUCGUCGACAGACUCAAGGUCAACGGUUCUCUGGCCCGCCAGUGCCUGAAGGAUUUGGAGGAGAAGGGCCAGAUCAAGCCCAUCGUCACGCACAGCAAGAUGAAGAUCUACACUCGUGCCGUUGGUGCUUCCGACUAA